GGUUCACCUUCAUCAGUAAAAUUAACAUAUUCAUCUGAAAAAUACCUUCUUGACGGUUGCUUCUGCCUUGUUGAUCGUCUCAAUUGGGGUUCUUGCGGAGCAUCCUCAAUUGGUUGAUCUUCUUCCGUCAGAUUAGGUUGAUCAGCUUCUUCAGCCAUUUCAUCAAGUUGUAACUCUGGUUCGGCUUGAUGAGACUCUCCCCCUGAGUUGUUCAUCACAAUAGGGCUUUGAUCACUUAUCAUCUUAAGUGUUGGUUUCUCCACUUUCUUGAUGUCUUGGAUUGUCUGUUCUUCAAAGAACACCACAUCUCUGCUUCGAACAAUCUUUCUGUUUGCAGGAUCCCAUAAUCUGAAACCAAAUUCAUCUCUUGGAGAACCAAGGUAUAUGCACUCUUUCGCUUUAGCAUCGAGCUUUGCUAUUUCAUCUUUCGGAAUGUGAACAGAUGCCUUACAUCCGAAGACUUUCAAGUUGCGAUAUGAGGCCUUUUUACCGGACCAUACUUCUUCUGGUAUCUUACCGUUUAAUGGUCUUGACGGUGAUAAGUUGAUCAAAUCAGCUGCUGUCACCACUGCCUCCCCCCAGAAUGUUUUGGGAAGUUUUGCGUGAGACAACAUGCUCCUGACCUUCUCGACAAUCGUUCUGUUGAAUCUUUCAGCCACACCGUUCAUUUGAGGUGUUUUGGGAGGUACUUUCUCAUGUCUGAUCCCAUGAGUCUUGCAAUAGUGCUCGAAUGGACCUCUGUACUCUCCACCAUUAUCACUUCUCAAGCAUUUCAACUUUCUACCAGUUUCACGUUCAAUUGAGGCGUGAAACUCUUUGAAGAUUCGUAGAACUUCAUCUUUUCUUUUCAAUGGAUAGACCCACAAUCUUCUAGAGUGGUCAUCAAUGAAGGUAACAAAAUAUUGAGCACCACCAAGGGACCUUUCGGAUGUUGAACAGACAUCUGAAUACACAAGAUCCAAAAUAUGCUCUCUUCUACUUCUAUUAUCAGAUUUAUGGAAAGAUACUCUGUGCUGCUUACCUGCUAGGCAGUCUUCACAUAAUUCAAGUGGUUGUCCUUUUAUACUUUGGAGAUGAUCUUUUGCGAGGAUCUCUAAUCCCUUCUCGCUCAUGUGGCCCAGUCUUUUAUGCCACAACUCCUUACUUUCUUCUUGAGCAACAUUCGUCUCUCCUUUGUAUAUUUUUCCUUGCAUGCAGUACAAGGAGCCUUCCUUCUUGCCUCGAGCAACAAUCAUGCUUCCUUGACAGAGUUUCCAUCUUCCAUCGCUGAAUUGGUUGUUCAUUCCAGCAUCAUCUAGCUUACCGACUGAGAUAAGGUUUAGACGUAUCUCUGGUACAUGUCUUACCUCCUUCAGCACAAGUUUGUUUCCAUUUUCUGUCGUCAAAGUCACUUCUCCUAUGCCCACAAUUUUGCUUGUGACAUGAUUACCCAUCUUCACUGUUCCAAAGUCUCCUUUUUUAUAGGAUGAGAAGAAUCCCUCAUGAGGAGUAACAUGGAAAGAUGCUCCGGUAUCUACUAUCCAAGUGCAGUCAUCAAAAGCAAUAUUUAGAUAGUUUACCUCAGUGAUAAGGAAUACAUUCUCAUCAUUUGAUACCACCGCUGUUGUAGUCUUUUCCUCCAACUUCUUUUUGGGAUCUACCACAUCAGGGUGUACAGUUCCAUUCUUCUGAUCUCUUUUCAGGAAUCUACAUUCUUGCUUCUUGUGACCAUCUUUUCCACAAUAGAAGCAUGUCAGACCUUUGGAACGAGACUUGAAUCUUCCUCGUGACUUUUCACGUUUUCCUUUGCUUCUGUUUUCACUCCUUCAUCUAUUCUCAACAACAUUGGCUUCUGAGUGACUACUCGAUCCCCUUUCUUUCCUUCUGGAUUUUUCAUUCAGUAAACUGUCUGUGAUGUUAUCCAGACUGAGCUUUCCAUCUGGUGCUGAGUUACUGAGAGUGACCACCAACGUGUCCCAACUCUCCGGUAGAGAACUAAGGAGUAGAAGAGCUUGUAGCUCGUCAUCAAUCUUCAUAUCCGCCUUCAUUAAUUGAUUCACAAUACCUUUGAAGGUGUUGAGGUGCUCGAUCAUAUUCUGGUCGUCAGUGUACUCCAACUUUACGAGUCAUCUGACUAGGUGAGCUUUGUUCCUGGGAGUCUUCUUUUGAAUCAUUGAUUCAAGCUUUGUCCAUAACUCAUACGCAUUGGUAUAAGUCGAUACAUGCUCAAAGAGACUUCUGUCGAUGUAUUUCCGAAUCAUAGCCACUGUUUUACGAUUCAGAAUCUCCUAGUCUUUUUCGGUCUUCCCUUCCGGAAUUUCCAGAUUUGUGAUCGGCUCAUACAAAUCCUUGCAGUAUAGAUGAUCUUCCAUCAUCGGCUUCCAGUAGGAAUAAUUAUCUGCAGUUAGCUUGAACAUGUCUCCUUCCAUCUUGAGUUUUACAGGAUUCUGACUUUUUCGAACCGGUAGCUCUGAUACCACUGUUGGGAAACAGCGGUACUUGUUCCCUCCUCUGUAAACCCCAAAAUGGGCACUGUGCGGAAACGUAAAAAUGAAAGCGUAAGGAAAGAGAAAAUUAACACUGAAAAUUUUAACGUGGAAAAUCUUCUCGGAAAAAACCACGGGACCUAGUCCAGAAAAAUAUCUCCACUAUGAAAGUAGGAUUACAGUGUUUCUCUCACUCUCUGAGGAUCUCACAAUUAAUCUCACCCUCUCGGAUGGUAUACAAAACUCUCACUUUAACACACUCACAAAACAGACUCUCUCUGUUUUUCACUCACACUAAUAUGGCUUCACUUCUCUCUUCACCGGUUUUGAUUCUCGGUGGUUCUUCCCUUGCUCUCUGCUUCAUGAAUCUUCACGCUGCAUUCCUUAUUUAUGAAGGAAGAAAGAUGCAAGAAAACAAGAAAUGGUUGGUGUAGUGGAGCACUUCAUUUCCGUGAAACAAGGAGAAAUGGGAGACAUUUUCUCCAACUUUCGGUGCACUAUAUUUUGUUCAGCAAGUGGUGGAUGGGUCCCUUCUUUGUUUUAUUCCAACACACGUGAAGAGGUGAUUGAUCAUUCAUUUUUUGAGGGCAGUCAGGCGGAGAGGGGAGGCUGACGUCGAGAGAAAGAAAGAAGCACACGGACGUGGAUGAUGGAGGGUUACGGUUAGGGAUUCAUUUUCCUUUUCUUGGCUUGAGCUGCUGCAUCCAGCACAUUGUGAGCAGCAGCCGCCACACUCAUUUUAAGAGCUUUCUUUGAAUGUUUACGGGCUGAACCUUAUGGAAUGUUAGAAGCACUUUUUAUUUGAUUUUUUCUGAUUCUUCAUUUGCGUCUUUCAAUGCUCAUCAUCACAGAAGUACACUUUUACAUUGCUUCUUUAAUUCCAGCCGCAUAGUGAUUAUGCUAACGCAUCCCUUUUAUUUAAGGGAAGAUGCGUGUGUUGAUUUGUCCACUGCCAUUCAAUUGAAUCACGCACCUUAUGCAUUUCAUUUCACUUCCUAACACUUUGAGCUCAUACGUUGCAAGCUAAUAGCAUUGGAUACAUGUCUUAUUCAUUGCCUUCAAGUUGUUCACGGUGAUUUAUUUUUGGAGCUGCACGGCGCAUUGCUUUCUUAUUCCGGCUUUAUUUCAAUGUGCAUUUAAUUUGUUAGCUCAACAUUAGCAUUGAUGCGUUUUGUUAUUUAUUUCAUGUAUUUCAAUUUGUCACGCACCUUGAGCAUUCCAUUUUAUUCCCGCUGCAUUGGGCUUCAAAGGGCGACGCUUUGCAAUUCAAUAGUGUUAGAUGAGUUUUCAGAUUUCUCUAGUGCAUUUAAAUUAGUUCACACACCUUGUUUUAAGACCGUUUAGUUACUGUUUUCAUUUACUUUAAUGUUGUCUAUUAUGUUCGGCUUCUUUAUCUUCCUGCAUUUCCAAUUUCCUCACUUGCUUUAGAGACCAUUCAGUCUCAAUGUAGAACUGUUCGGUCAUCUGUAGGGUCGUUCGGUCUUCAUGCUUUGUUCAUUUAUGACAAUGUUUUCAAUUAUGUUUGGUUGUAUUUAAUUUCCAGUUUUAGUUUAGUUAAUUUCUAAUCACAAAAACACUUUCAAACCCUUCCACUGCGUGUUUGACCUAAUUCUCGAACCACAUUUGGUCUUUGAGAGACGACCUAGGAGUCACUUCCUAGUCUAUACUGCAUUCUUAAUGCAAUCAAAUUUGUAUGGGGUGCGACACCCAUCAGUAUUCAUUGGGUCGUGCUCCUGUAUUUGAAGAUUGUUUUGAACCUUUAUUUGAUGACAAAGGUCCUUGUCAUCUGAUCAAUAUUGCUAUGUUGAAUGGUGAAACUCACCUUUAUGUUAUACACAUGGUGUGUGAACCUCAAUAUCUUCUAGAGUUGGAAUACUUUUCUUAACCCCAAAUUGAUAGACCUAGUGGUGAAGGACAAGUUGAGAGAGAGUGCUGAAAAACAAGUUGAGAUAGAGUUGGUGAAGCAGAUGUUGAGGCAAUGGGUGAAGCAGAGGUUCAGAUAGUGGGUCAUGUAGAGCCUCAAGAAGAAGCUGAAUUAGAAGUAGUAGGUGAGAUAGAAAUUGAGGUUGAUGUAAUGGCUGAUGUAGAGGCUGUGGUAGAAGUUCAGACAAAGACAAUGGUUGAUGUACAACCUUAGGUAGAAGCUGAAUUACAAGUACAAGGUGAGAUAGAAGUUGAGGUUGAUAUAGUGGCUGAUGUAAUGGCUGAUGUAAAGGUUGUGGUAGAAGUACAGAAGAGGCAGUGGUUGAUGUACAUCCUCAGGUAGAAGUUAAUGUAGAGGAUGAUGGUGUGGAGGCACAGGGUCAAGCAGAGAGUGAGUCAAAUGGUGAGGGAGACAUGCAUGUUGGUGAUGCAGAGGGGCAAGUUGAUCUAGAGGGGCGGGUAGAAGUAGAGGGUGAGGUAGAGGGUAAUGGUGUGUAGGGACAGGGUGAGGGUGAUGUAGAAGCUUAUGAGUAUGGUGUUAGAAGUUGGAAUGGGUCCGAAGAGGAUGUAUUGACUGACCAUGGAGAUGAAGUGGGAUUUGAUAUAUUUGAAGCUACUAACCAAGUCCAAUUUGGUGGACCUAGGGGUUUAUCUGACAGUGAUUGGGAAUCCGAGAGUUUGAACAUUGUUCUGGAAAGUGAUAACACAGAUGAUGAUAGGGAUGGGUAUGGGGAUUUUGUUGUUUUUUCAAUGCCCAAAACUAUGGAACAAUAUAAAUGGGAAGUGGGCAUGUACUUCCUUGAGAAAAAAGAUUUUACAAAAGCUAUAAGAUCGUAUGGAGUAGAGAAUGGUAGAAAAUUAAAAGUUUAUAAAAAUGACAAAAGAAGAGUGCGUGUCAGAUGUUGUGGGGCAAAAGGGAAAUGUCCAUGGAAUGCAUAUUGUGCAUAUAAGGCAGUUGAAAAUACAUGGCAGCUAAGGAAAAUUAUAGACAAGCACACAUGCAAUAGAGAAUUUAACAUUCGUUUAAUGACUUCAAAAUGGUUGAGUGGGAGGUUAGAGAAGACUAUAAAAGAGAAUCCCAAUAUUAAUCUGUAUAACCUCCAUAACAAAGUUUCUAAGAAGUGGAACAUUGGUGUUUCUCGGUCUACAACAUGUAGGGCAAAUUCAAUGACUUUUAAACAAAUAGAAGGUGAUUUUAAAGAACAAUAUAAAAGAGUCUAUGACUAUGCCAAUGAGUUGCUUCGGUCAAAUCUUGGUUCAUAUGUCAAAGUUAAUGUUGAACCUAAUGAGGACUCUCAAAUAUUCAAGAGACUAUAUGUGUGUUUGAAGGCUUGUAAGGAAAAAUUCAUGUCAUGUAGGCCUAUUAUAGGUUUGGAUGAUUGUUUCUUAAAAGGAAAAUAUGGAGGUGAGUUGUUAACUACAAUAGCAAGAGAUGAGAAUGACCAAAUGUGUCCUUUAGCAUAUGUUGUUGUGGAGGUGGAGAAUAAGGAUAGUUGAGGUUGGUUUUUACAAUUGCUCAUUAAUGAUCUUGGUGGUGUGGAGCUUUCUCCAACAUUACAUAUAUUUCAGAUCAACAAAAAGGACUUUUACCAGCAUUACAAGAAUUUAUCCCUAGUGUGGAGCAAAGGUUUUGUGUGCGUCACAUUUAUGCUAAUUUCAAGAAGAGGUUUCCUGGCCAAAUUCUAAAAUGUCUAUUAUGGAAGGCAACUGCAUCAACACACCCUCAAACAUGGGAGGCAGUAAUGAGAGAAAUUAAAGAUGUGAAUCCAUAUGCCUUUAAAUACUUGCUAGCCAUUCCACCAAGGUGUUGUGCAACGAUUGGUCCAUCGGAACCCUUCCCUCACAGCUGUGUGACGUUGCAGGUUCCUUCUAUCGUCAAACUCGUACGGACGGGUAUUCCGAAUCAGAGACAGCCACCUUCGGAUCUGAGACGAGACCAGAUCGUUUCGCUUCCUUUGAUUUUGUCUACUGCUUCGUAGUUUCCUAUUCUCAGCUUCCUGAUUUUCUUCUUCUUCUCGUUCUUUUUGUUGGAAGUUUCGUUCCUCUUCGUGUGACCCCUGAUUCGAUACAAUGAGGAAGAAGCUCGACACCCGUUUCCCCGCUUGUUUUAAAACCCGACUUGAAGACAAUUGGUCUAAUGGAACAACAUAUUUGAAUUUACUACUUUUGUGUUAUAACCCGGUCUUGAUCUGUGGAUAUAACCUUGAGCACCUACUUCAUGAAUGGCUUUCUCGAGCGCCUAUCCGCACAACUUCUCAUGCUGGCUAGCUGGCAGCAGCUUUCUCCAACAGCUUCUCACUUGUUACUUCAAGUUUAAGGAAAAUAAAGGCUAAACUUCACACUUUAGGCUCGGAUAAAGAAGAUAAUGCAAGCAGAUGAGGAUGUCGGAAAGAUAGCAUUGGCAGUUCCUGUUUUAGUAUCUAAAGCUCUGGAGUUAUUUUUGCAAGAUCUCUGUGACCGCACUUAUGAAAUAACUCUUCAGAGAGGAGCUAAGACCAUGAAUGCAUUGCAUUUGAAAUAUUGUGUACAAAGUUAUAACGUCUUCGACUUUCUGAGAGACAUUGUCAGCAGGGUUCCUGACUAUGGGCAUGGACAUGGCCAUUCCGAGGCUGGAGCUGAUGAUCGUGCCCUUUCAAAGAGAAGGAAAGCUGCUGGUGUUGAGGGCAAUGAAAGUGAUGAAGAGGCCAAGAGGAGUAAGAUGCGCGAGUUGGGCCACACCAGCACAACUAGUAGGGGAAGAGGCCGAGGUAAAGGAAGAGGCCGUGGACGAGGGGUUCGAACUGUUGAAAGAGACAUCAUUCAUCAGCAGGUUGAAUCUGAGCCUUGCUCCUCUAUUCAACAAAUUAGCAAUGAUAUGCCUAACACAAGUCUGCCAAUAGAUAAUGGUGUGCAAUCCAAGGAGUAUACAAAGGAGACUUCUGCAGCUCAUGAGGAAAGUGCUCAAUCUUUCCGUAACAUUGAUCUGAAUGCUAACUUAAACGAAAAUGGAGACAAAAAUGCCAGUGCAGCUGUUGAAGCUCCAUUGCCUGAGCCUGCUGACAUGGACAUUAAACAUGAAGAAAUUCCAGGCUGGUCCCUAUCGGAUGCCGACAAGAUGGCCAUUGACACUAUGCAACUGGCAACCCUCGCUAGUAGACUAGAAGAGGAUGAUGAAGAUUAUGAUGAGGAAGGGUAAAUAACAUGCACCUUUGCAGGAAGCUCAUGGUAACAGAAGAAUAACCACUUACUGCUAGCACUAUGAUCACUAUCUUCUAGUAAUCACUGUAUGUGUCCCAUGCUAAUGUGAUGACCCAUUUCUGAUGAUUCCUCUCUUUAUCUAUUCUGAUAUGUAUCUGAUCUUGUGUAGCAGAUAUAGAUUUUUUUUUUCCUUAAUUGUAAUGCUAGCAUCAUGAACUUUUAGGAUUUAAAUGAAUGUUUUUAGUUGACAACCGCAGUGCUAGUUCAGGAUCAAACUCUUGGUAUAUCUGAGUUACUAGUUGAUUUCUUUAUGUUGGAUUGUUCAA